AUGGAAUCUGAAGAGUCUUUACUAUCAUUAUCGCAGCUUAAAGUAACAGAAGAAACAAAAUUUCCAGAUGAAAUUAUAUGUGAAGAUUUAGAAACCCAAUACGAACCUAUGCCUGGAAUAUCCAAGACAAGUCUGAAAAAAGAUAUAACUGAAAAAAUUGACAAAAAUGGUAGAAAGGUUAAAGAACAGUAUGAAGACGCAUUUGAAAAAGUAAUUGACGAAAAACAAAGUCAACAAAUUGAAGAUUUAACUGAAUCGUCCUUAAAAUCGCAUAAAAUCCCGAUUACUCCAACUGAAGAGCUGAAAAUUAAAGUCCCAAAAAUCUCAUUUCGGCAAUCAGAGCCACAUAUGAAAGUAUCUAAAUUUACUAACAUACCUUCGUUUUCUGCUGAUGAAUUUAUGAAAAAAGUUCGAUUAAGUUCAUCAAAAUCUGAACCAAUUUUAAAAGAAAGUGAUCUCGGUCCAGAGACAUUCUUGUUGAAAAAAGUUCCAACUCAAGAAAUUGUUACGAAGAAAAUAGAGUUGCCUCCUAUCCAAUUUCCAUCCGAAUAUCCGUUGCCUACUAUUAAACCUUAUUUAGUGGAAAAAUCUAUGUCUUUGCCAGCUGUAUCUACAGUUAAAAGAGAAGAACACAAAACAUUUCUUCAGAAAUUUAUACCUGAAAAUAUAUUUUCGGCAUUAAAAAGAACUUUUUCUGCAAAACGCGAACCACAAGAGUCUGUAUCUGCAGAAGAUGAUAACGAAAAGUCUCUAUCACCAACUGUAGAAUAUGAAGAAUCUAUAUUUAAAGAAGAAUUACCAUCAAAAUUAUCCAAAGAUAUUUCAGAAAUUAUUCCUGAGAAAGCAGUUUCAGACGCAUAUGAAGAAGAGCAACGACAGAAAUAUAUAGAUAGAGUUUCUGAAAUUUUAUCACCUGAUAUUAAAGUUACACCUCAAAGAUCUAAAGAAGUGUUUGCAGUUACAGAUGAAGUAAAAACUGAAGAAAUUAAAUCUGCAACUGAGCCAUUAGAACAUGAAGAACUUGGCACAAAAAUGACACGAGAGGAGCUUGAACAGGAUAAAACGAUCAGCGAAGAAUCUAAAACGAUAUCCGAUACGUUUGAACCAUCGUCUGCUGAAGUAACAGAUGAAGAAAUUUCCCCUGAUAAAACUAGAACUACACCGAGUACAUCUGCUGAGCAAGAACGAUUAAUAUCACUUUCAGAAAUCCCUGCAACAACUCCCAAAAGAAAGGGAAAAGUAGUCUUUCCGGAUGAGAGUAAAUCAUCUACUGAAACAUACAAUGAAAUCAUAUCUAAAAUAGAUAAAGAAUCUGAUUUAACACCAAUCAUUCCUGUAUCACCGAUGAUAAAAUCUGAACUUGAAGUUACUGAAAUAGAUGAACUCCAAAAGCCUGAAGAUAAAAUUACAAAACCUGAUAAAUAUUUCUCUGAUAUAAGCAGCCUUGAGCCGGAUAAAGAAAGAAGAUUAAAAGUUACUAAAUUUAAGAAAGGAAUUCCAUCUGAUACAAUAGCAUUUCCCGAAAAAAUUAGUGAGCCUGCCAAAAAAGUUAAAUUCGAAGAUAAGAAGUACUCUCCUGAGGAUGUUGGAGAAAUUAAAUCCCGAUACAGAAGAUCCAGGCGUGAUAAAGAUUCAUCAGAAUCAUUGCACAAACGAACUAUUCGAAGAAGAAGAAGUAUAUUUGAAAAACUAUCAGAAGAUAAACGAAAACAAUAUAAGAAGAGACGUACAGAUAUACAAUUAUGGGAUACAUCAGAUGAAACUGAAGAGGAAGAGGCAAUUUCUGAAAAACAGAAAGAUGUACUUCCGCCCAUAACUCGUAAAUCUAAAGUAAAACUUUAUAAAUUUAGAGGGUGGCCCAUACCUUCAUCGUCAAGCGGAUCAGACGAACAGUUUGAAUCAUCAUUGUUCGGACCUAAAAGUUUCAUUCGGACAAUUACUGAACCUUUCAGCAAUGGAGUACCUGUAAUAUCCGAUGAUUCCCUAGAAACUGUUAAAAUCAUCUCUGAUAAAAUAAGCAAACCUGUGAUAAGUGAAUCUAAAACACCCUUAAGUGUCAUCGUUGAUGUUCCAGUUUCAACACAAAUGUCCGAACCUUCAACUUCUACAGGGAUUAGUGAAGAUAGGUCUGUAGAUUCACGUGUAACACUCAAAAAGAAGAAAAUACCAAAAUACAGAUCCCAAAUUAGACAGAAACAAUAUUCUAGAAGACUUUCACCAAGAUCAUUAUCUCCAAGAAGUACGUCAUCCAGAGAAAGAAAAGAAAAAUUAAAGGUAAAACCAAAGAGAAAGAUGAAACGUCGUUAUGCAAAGCCGAAACAAAGAAACUGA